AUGACGCAGAAGUGGACGCAGCCUCUGCCCGCUUAUCAACCGCCGCACGUGGCGUGUGGGCCCCUUUCCCCCUCUGCAUUGGCUCUAGCACGGUCAUGGCUGAAUGUGUGCCCUAUGCUUCAACGUCUACCGUCGGCUUGCUCCCCACCUGACGGCCGUUCACAAGGUGACCAACUCGGACGAGAAGCGGCUGCUGCUCGCGCUGGCCGCCGGCCACGUGGACACGCGGAAGACGCCGUGCCCGGUCCCGGGCUGCCGCAGGACUUCAGCCUGCCUAGACAGGCACUUGAGGCAGCACGCGGAGCUCUCGACCGUCGUGUCCUGGCUAGCCUCGUCCUCCGAGGAGGAGCGGGACUCGGAGGGCCCAGAGGCCGGCCGCCCGUGCGCGGACCGCGGCUACAGGUGCACCACGGAGUGCAUACAGGCUCAGCUCACGGACCUGGGGAAGCAGAUUACCAAGAUGCUGUCCACCCUGCUCCAAAUCACACGCCUCUACCGGGAGCUAAGGAGGGGAGAAGGGUGGAGAAGGAGGAGGAAGAAGGCGAGGAGAACCAGGUCGCCUCUUGCACAACCGGCUCCCGGGCGAGAAGCGGCCGGAGGUCCGACGCCCCCCGAGCCUCCGGAGGCUUUGGAACCCCAUGCCUACCCAUUCCCGGCCCACGUCCCCGCGCUGAGUUGAGUAUAUUUCAGGCACGUCUCUGCCGCUGUGCUGGGUGUGUGUCUUCGGGGAAGUUGACUCUUGGUUGUGCUCGUUCCACAGACCUUCUCUAUGGGGAGUUCGAAGGGUACCAACUGGGCAGCGAGCCCACCGCCCGCCUGCGGAACAACGUCUCUUCAAAGCUGGGGAGAAUUAAAGCCUUCCUUGGUUACAUGGCAGCACUAUCUGAAGAACGUGGCCCAGUUCCUAGACUACCUAUCGGAAACCCCGCCGGCCGCCUCUCCAGCACGACUCUGGUUCUGAUUCGACGGGAGGUCAGAGCCCUCAUUCGCGGCAUACGCCGGCGUGUCGUCGUGCACGAGGUACGGACCAAGCAGGCGAAGGAAAGCAGACUGAUCCCCAAGGCCAGCCUAGUGCGCUGUCAACGGACCGCUGGGAGGAAAAUUCCCGCCCUGCUAGAUAGCCUCGAGUCCAACCCAAGCACUAGGCAACAGUGGCGCUUUUAUGGCUUUCUGACUGGUUACCUAACCUCCAUUCCUGGGCACCGCUGUGGAGUCUUCCAGAAUCUCACAAUCCAGGAGGUUGAAGAGGCCUCCAGAAGCCCCGACGAGUCUUCUUAUGUCAAUAACAUUACCACGCACAAGACAAACAGAGCCUUCGGGGCGGCGCAGCUGUCCCUAAACAGGGAGAAAUACAGCUGGUUCCGCAGGUUUUUGGCGCUGCGGGCUGGUCUCCCCGGAGGGAGCCAGGCUACCUAUUUCUUUUUCACUUCCAGAGCCAGUCCUUGUCGGACCCUGAACAAGCACUUUCAGUCUGCUUGGGUCAGUAUGGGCCUUCCAGGCAAACCCACCUUUACUGACGUACGGACUGCGAUCGCGACCCAUGCAAAGAAUGCACACUCUUCAGAGGAUCGCCGCAAGGUGGCGCAAUUCAUGUGCCAUGACACUUCAACCUCAGAUAAGUUCUACGCACUUCACCUCGGACCUCUCCAAGCACGCGAGCCCCGCAGACUGUUUGAAAGGGCCCUGGUGGAGGAGGAGGAGGAGGAGGAGGAGGAGGAGGAUGGGGAGGCAGCGGGCACUGAAAGCCCCCCGCGGAAAGGGCGCAAGAGGACAGAGACUCCCGUCUCUCCCCUGGAGGGAACCAGCAGGAGGACGCUGCCAUGGCACCCUGCCAGGGGGAAAAGCCAGGGCGCUCGCCCACUCGAACCAACAGAAGACUCUGAAUUGUCCUGAAUAAAUAUUGUACAACUUAACGGUCAAA